UUCCCGUCGGUGUGUUAUUGAACGGAUCAUGUGAUAACACAUAUAAUGUUCUAGAUAAGGUAAAUCAUAAAAUUUUUAUAAUUAAAGAAAACUAGACAUGCUCUUAGGUUUCAUCAGCGUUUAUUCGGUCGAAGCAUGAUGUUCUAUGUCCUAUAAACUUUCUCGAUAAAAACACUAAUGAAUUUUGAAAAAUUGAUAUUUUUGAUGGCCAAUGUUCAUCAAGGAUAAAAUAAUAUGGUGAAAGAUUUAUAUUUAAUCGGUCCAAAUAAUGUAACCUUUCUUUACAAUAUUAAUAUAGAUGCAGAUAAUUUAAGCCUCGUAACAGAUUUACCACAUACUUUAGUUAUACAGUACGUACUUGAGUUGGUUCAUUUCUAUGAAUCAACUUAAGUACGUUUAAAGCAGAAAUAAGUGUCUUAAAAGAUCGGAUUCGACCCAAGCUUUACAAAUUGUAAAUGAUCAUAGCUAACAAUUUAAUGACGUCAUUACAGUCAUCGAAGAGCGGUCUGUUCGACGCCAUGCAUAUUUGGCUCAUUUUAGAGAACACCAGUGCUACACGGAACAUGACUAUUGAUGAUAUGAUGCUACAAAUGAAUUUGAGUGUCGAUUCCGAUGUUGCAAUAGCUACUUUCACGGGAAGCCGUUACGAGCUAACGGAUAUAUUUAACUUUGGCAAGAUACAGGGAAACGAAUUGGAGAGAAAAUUCUUGGGGGCUUGGGACCAGACAAACGGUUUGAAGAUUUCAUCGAAAUCAUACAAAUUUUAUGAUCGCUGGGAUUUCCACAAUCUGACGUUUCGAGUUGUCACUGUGGUCGUGGGUCAGCCAAAAACAUUUGAGCCAGACAUGCUUACGAGCAUAUCUUAUACAAAGGGAAUAUCAGUUUUUACAAAAACAGCUGCGAUCCUACUUGACGUUUUAAAGGAAAGACACAACUUUAGGUUUAACUAUACUGUAGCUGGAAGAUGGAUCGGACCUCCAGACAAAAACGCUUCUUUGGCAGUGACAAAUUCGCUGUACUGGGGUCAACAAGAUCUCUCCUGCACUUCAGCCAGAAUCACCUCGGAGCGACUUCAAUGGGUGGACAUUUUCAACCCACCUGUCACACAGAUAGAAUCCCGAUUUUUCUACCUUAUACCAAAUAAAGGCGUAGGUAACUAUGAGAACAGAUUUCUGACUCCUCUCUCCCCAGCGGUUUGGUGGUGCUCUGUGGGUGCUGGUACCUUUUGUGUCCUGGUGUUGGCUGUAGCAGCUGUUUUGGAACGCAGGCCUAGGCCAGCGGUCUAUGCUAUGCUUAGUGUACUGGGAGCGGUGUGUCAACAGGGUUACGAAGAGGGAACAGGCAUCGUUGAACACCGAUAUUCGAGUCAAGGCCAACGUGUGACUCUUUUAGUCAUAGGCUUGACAAGUAUGCUACUAUACAACUACUAUACAAGUAGCGUAGUAUCUUGGCUUCUCAGUGCCGCGCCACCCACUCUGUCAGAUAUAGAUGGACUUAUUAGGAGUGACUUUGAGCUUAUUUUUGAGAAUAUUGGAUACACAACAGGCUGGUUUGAGGUAAAUAGUCACAAUUUAUCUUAAUUUAAGGAACGGCAUUCUGUUAUCUCUCUGUUAGGUUAUUGUACUGUUUUGUGAUCUAUAGUAAUAUUUGUCAUUGAGGACUUAUUGAUUGUAAUUUGUACGUUAGUCUUGAGCUUGAGAGCUUAUGCCACCCGCACCCGUUAUGGAGGACACACAUUAGUUGUUAAUUGUAUGACUUCUUCUAUCCUAGUAUUGUCAUUACAUUUACAUAUUUAAAGAAAACCCUUUUCAACGAAUUGAAGCUAUAUAUAAACUUGACUUAACUUGACAUUCAACAACCCCUUUGUCUUCAG